AUGGCCUCUGCCAUGGCAGCAAACUCAGCCACGGUACAUAAUGGACGAUCAAACAGAGCUACAAACAUGUCCGCAUCGGGUAUGAACAGUGACCGAUCACGAGGGCCUCAUGCAGGUAUGGGCAAGGGUUUCGGGUCUGGAAAGUCAAGCUGGAACUCCAACAUCUGGGGCGACAAUAACCUGGGAAGUGGAUUCGAUGAUCAGAAUCUUGCGGAAACUGCUUUCGAAGGAAAGUCAGGGUCAGGCUCACUGCUGCCUUCCUCUGAAUCUGACGGAUGGAACAGUCGGCCGAAUCUGCCCUGGAACACAGUGAACACAACAUCGGCUUCGUUGUCCAGAGGCCAAAACAACGGCAUGACUGCUUCACCCAUUUCGACAAGGCCCAAUGACAGAAGUGCACCCGCUCUGUCGGAGACCGCUGAUUCCUCAUCAUAUUUCUCCAUACCUAGAUCUUCUGGAAUCGGCUCGUCCGCUGGAGGAGGGAACCACAAAACUUACCUGAACGCUGGAACCGACGGGAUCUCUCCAUCUGGAGACGGACUGUCAUUCGGCAACUUUGGUGGGCUCCGAGGCGGCGACGGUAGACGGCAUCCCAACUCUGCCUUCGGAGGAAGCCCAGUCGGAACGGGAUUUCCUAUGAAGCAAGCGUUUGCCCCUCUGGACACCACUCGGCCCGAUGAGGUAACUGGGUCUCUCACAAUGUCUAAUUUACCACAGACGUUGCCAGACACUAUGGCGCAGCCGUUGGCUCGUAACGGUUUUGCUCAUGCGUCCCACAACUCCGCAUCAAUUACAUCUCAGAGACCCACCCACGCCUCCCACCCGUCAUUUCAUUCUGAAAGCCAGGGAUUUGAGGGUCGCUUUGGAGGCUCCUCCAUGGAUCUGAGUGCUGGAAUCAACAAGCUUCAGCUGAAUGAAGCUGGCUUUUCGGGCCACCCAGCAAGCCGUCCGCCCUACCUGUCCCACUCGUCCUAUGAUGGGUCAUUGCAACGCUUCAAAUAUCAAAGCGCUGCCGACGAAUCCAGCUAUGAAGCAGCCGGGGGCUACGCGGGAGAUGGUUUGCCCGACUUGCCAUUAGGACACCACGCCGGCCGAUCCCGUAUUGGUGAAGGUUCACUUUCUCCCACAGAUAUCGCGCGGAUGGAGAGCAACUUUUACUCUGCUCUUGAGGCCGGCGCGGUCCCUGGAACGCAUUAUCGGAAUGGGUCUGCCUCCCGACUGAGCGAAAACCAGGCUCUAGCCUUGGAGCGGAAGUUGCGUGCUAUGCAGCACGAUCAGGAUCUUGCCCACGGUACUGCAAAUUCUCUGCAACGUAUUCCAUAUAAUGCUCCUGCGUAUGAUCUUGCGGGAUAUCAAGCGGCACGGCUCAACGCCCUGUCAGGAUUCUAUCCUGUUGCGCAGCUUGGUGGACUGGGCUCCGCUGGUAUUAUCCCCAGGGGCCAUCGUGAUCAAGACCCUGCCCAAGUGGUGCGGAGCCCACUCUUGGAGGAAUUUCGAGCCAAUAGCAAGGGAAAUAAGCGAUACGAGCUCAAGGACAUUUACAACCACAUCGUUGAGUUCAGUGGUGAUCAGCAUGGUUCAAGGUUCAUUCAACAGAAGCUGGAGACUGCGAAUAGCGACGAGAAAGAGCAGGUGUUCCGCGAAAUCCAGCCCAACUGCCUGCAGUUGAUGACAGACGUGUUUGGCAACUAUGUUGUCCAAAAGCUCUUCGAACAUGGCAACCAAUCCCAGAAAAAGAUCCUUGCCAAUCAAAUGAAGGGCCAUGUGCUUGCCCUGUCCACCCAGAUGUAUGGGUGUCGCGUUGUCCAAAAGGCGUUGGAACAUAUCCUUACCGACCAGCAGGCAUCCAUGGUCAAAGAGCUCGAGAACCACGUGCUCAAGUGUGUCCGUGACCAGAAUGGUAACCAUGUCAUUCAGAAGGCCAUUGAAAGAGUUCCAUCUCAAUACGUGCAAUUCAUCAUCAACGCCUUCAAAGGCCAAGUGAGCAGACUGGCCGCGCACCCAUAUGGAUGCCGGGUCAUCCAGCGCAUGCUUGAGCACUGUGAAGAAGAAGACCGCGAAUCCAUCUUGGCUGAGCUUCAUGCUUGCACUGCUCACCUCAUCCCAGAUCAGUUCGGAAACUAUGUCAUUCAACACGUGAUCGAAAAUGGCGAAGAGAAGGAUAGAUCCCGUAUGAUCAACGUUGUACUGUCACAACUGCUCAUGUAUUCGAAGCACAAAUUUGCAAGCAAUGUCGUCGAAAAGAGCAUCGAAUUUGGUGAAGAGUCGCAGCGUCGGCAGAUCAUCGGCACAUUGACCUCCGCGAACGAGAGAGGCGAGAGCCCUCUCUUGGGUUUGAUGCGUGAUCAGUACGGAAAUUACGUGAUUCAAAAAGUGCUUGGUCAGCUGAAGGGCGAGGAACGAGAGGCUCUCAUCGACCAAAUCCGGCCUUUGCUCAGCCAGCUUAAGAAAUUCAGCUAUGGAAAGCAAAUCGUUGCGAUCGAAAAGCUGAUUUUUGAUUCUGCGACGCUUGGUGCUAGUUCCCUGCCUCAGGCUUCGUCCACGACUCCUCCUCACUCCCACAAAUCCUCCCCUCAGCCAAGUAAGCGCCUUGUCAACGAUCUAGAGGACAGCCGAGCUCCCGUUGUCGGCGCGGCUCCGCCUACACCUCCUCCUACUGACAACCAGGGUCAUACACACGGUCCUGCUGAGUCGAAGAACCUUGCAAAAAGCACGGUGACUCCUUUGUCGGUGUCCGAAUCUGCCUCUGCCGACCCCGAUGGCUCUGUGCCGGUGUCCGGAUCCACCUAA